GCGUAGAGCGUAUCUGAGGGUCACACACGGAACAGGAACAAUGCCGUCCUUUCACUGAAGCCGUGAGGCAGUAGGACCCAGAGAUCUCCUGCCGCCGCUGCCGCUGCCCUCCUCUCCAGGCUCCUCUAGUUCCAGAGCUGAGUGAGACAGGAGAACAGAGUGCAGAGAGAGAAGGAGGGGGAAAGACUGAGAGACACAGAGAGAGAAAGAGAGAGAAGCAGAGUGAAUGUUCAAGCCCUCUGUGAUCCCUGCUACAAUCCAGAAUCUGUGGAAUGGACGGAUUAAACCGUGGGAUUUAAACGCUUUGGAGUUGGAGCUGAAGCUCAUGAGGAGGCAUCCAAUCAGGAGAAGAUCAGGAUUCAAAGGAGCCUUGGUCUAAAUGGGUCCGGUUAUGCCUCCCAGCAAGAAGCCGGAAGCUUCCGGAGUGAGCGUGGCGAGUGGAUUGAGCCAGCUGUACCAGGUGGGCUCCAUCACUCGGGCGCUGUGUGAGGAUGAUGAACUGGAGCUGGCGCUGCCCGUGCCGGCCAUCAAGUUGGAGAAAUCGGGCGCCGAGGACGAAGAGCUGACCAACCUGAACUGGCUGCACGAGAGCAAGAACCUGCUGACGAGUUUCGGCGACCCGGUGCUGAGGAGCGUGAGCCCCGUGCAGGAGCCCGACGACGAUCCGCCUCCCUCCCCGGCCACCUCCGACCUCGCCUACGACGCCAAGCACAACCCCAACUGCAAGCCGCCGUACUCCUUCAGCUGCCUCAUCUUCAUGGCAAUCGAAGACGCGCCCUCCAAGAGGCUUCCCGUCAAGGACAUUUACAACUGGAUCCUCGAACAUUUCCCAUAUUUCGCCAACGCCCCGACCGGGUGGAAGAACUCUGUCAGGCACAACCUCUCGCUCAAUAAGUGUUUUAAGAAAGUGGACAAAGACAGGAGUCAGAGUAUCGGGAAGGGUUCCCUGUGGUGCAUAGACCCGGAAUACAGACACAAUCUCAUCCAGGCGCUGAAGAAGACGCCUUAUCAUCCCUACUCCCAAGUGUUCACCACGCCUCCCACCUCUCCUCAGGCAUAUCAAAGCCUGUCCAGUCCUCCAAUUUGGCCGGGGAAUCACUUCUACAGAAAAAAUAAAGGAGUCCUCCUACCAGUUCCUCAGGGAGUGAUCCGGAACGGAGCUUGUAUGAUGAGCCCGGGCCUCUUCCCAGGAAUUCGACCUCUUCCCAUUAAUCCUAUUGGCAGCAGAGUGGCAGCCGUCAGGUCCGUCCUGGCAGGCUGCAGGAUUCUCAGCGAAAGCGAGCCAUCCUGCGACUCUCCUCUGGUCAGCAGCGACCCCAAGGAGGACCACAACUACAGCUUCGGUAAAUCUUCCAACUCGACAUCCGGAGAGAAAACGCAGCUCGACUGCGGCGCGUCCGAGUUCCACGGUCACGACGCCACCAGUGACACGGACGACGACGACAGGGCCAAGAUCAAGAAGGAGCCCAAAGAGUGGGCGGUGGACGCUCUGGCCCUGGCGCAGCACAACAAGUGGCACCAUUUGACAAAAGUCAAACAGAGAGUGGCCAGUGACAUGCUGCCGUUAAAAAAGAGGCGCACGGAGAAGCCUCCGGAAAGCGAUGACGAGGAGAUGAAGGAGGCGGCAGGGUCUCUGCUCCACCUGGCUGGCGUCAGAGCCUGUUUGAACAAUAUCACCAACCGGACGGCCAAAGGCCAGAAAGAGCAAAAAGAGUCCAUGAAAAAUAACUGAACUGUGUUAUGAGGAAGAAGGAAAAAAAAAAAAAAAAAGAAACAUCACUUUUAAUAGAAUUUACUAUUUUUUUCCAGGACAUCAGAAUCGUGUUGCAUGGGUUUCUUGUAAAGAAGACGACGAUCUUUUUUUUUUUUUUUUUUUUUUUUAUUCAAAAAGUUGUAAGGUAAAUAAUGUAUUUAGCAUGAAGCAUGAAUUAUUUUCAUAUAAAUAUAGAUCCUAGAGAACAAAAAGGCAUUGCCUCUAAUCUAAUUUCUAUGCCCAUAGGCCUACAGUCACUUUUCCUUUUUUUUUUUUUUUUUUUUUUUUUUUUUUUGUGUGUUUUUUUUUUUUUGUCUUGAUUUGUCCUCAUCAUAAAAGCAGGCAUUUUACAGAAUAACCUUCUUCAGGGACAACGCUGACUGUUGGGCAACACUCUGUGCAAUAUGGGGACUUCACCUUCUUUCCGAGUGUAGGGCUGUCAGCCCCCCUCUUCGCUCUCUCCAUCAGAUCAGCACCGGUGUGUGUGUGUGUGUGUGUGUCUGUGUGUGUGUGUCUGCGUGUGUGUAAGGACAAGUUGGUAGUGAGUGUUUGUUCCUUUUCUUCCAUUUUUUUGGGGGGGUCUUCCAUUUACACAGCACAGGUAACACACACGCUCACACACCUUUCCCUGUACGUAGCACUGUUCAGUAUUAAAUAUCUGCACACACACACACAUGCAUGCACACACACACACACACACACACACACACACACAUCCCAGAGCAUGUUCUACGUUACUGCAUAUCGUAUUCAAUUCCAUCAGAUUGCACUUUUAUAGAUUGAAGGUGACGCACUUAGCUUUUAAUACGAGUCUGAUUUUAGUGCCAAAGCCGGUAAGUUUAUACACAACACCGUGUCCAAGACACACACACACACACACACACACACACACACACACAUUUUGAUAAUACUACUUGUAGCAUUUAUGUCAUGUAUAAUAUAAUAUGACACUGUACACAUAUCCGUCUCGCUCUCAGCUUACACAUUACUGGCUGUAAAUUGCUCAUGGAGGUGUUUUUAUAUCGUCCACAUCAUCUACUCUUCAUCCUCAUCCUCAUCCCAGUGAAUCUGAAUGUUUCUGAUGUUGAUCUUGAUCAUUUGUGACGUGUCCUGUUAGCAUGCCUGUUCUGAUACCGCACGUGAACGGACUUCAUCUGUGCAUCAUCGUCGUCACCGUCGUCGUCAUCAUCAUCAUCAUCAUCAUCAUCAUCGCUUCGGAGAUCUGAAUUCUCCAUCCUCACACUGCGGAUUAAAAAAAAAAUGGAGGAAAACCAGCAUUUGUGAGUCUUUAUCUAUUCUAAUUUGGAAAAAAAAAAAAAAGGGAACACUCACUACGUAACUUUUCCUUUAAACGAAUCUCUUCUGAAGGAAAAGGCUGUGAGAGGAUGAAGAGGCGAGUGGAGGCGCAUCAGAAAUCUCAACCCAAGCCAGUCAAAUAACAGUCAAUAACAGUCUUCUCCUUGUGUUUCCUUGUGUUCGGUCAUAGUUUGUGCAUUAUUAUUAUUAUUAUUAUUAUUAUUAUUAUUAUUAUUAUUAUUAUUAUUUUUAUUAUUAAAAGGUUCAUGUUGUUAGUUGCCAUUAAAAAAGGUUUUGCGACGUGUUUUUUCCCCCCACAGUGAGUAGAACAGUCUCAUUUCGUUCGUUCUGAAUUUUCGAGGUCUGAUGGCAUGUGCACCCUGAUAAAGUGUCGAUACGGAGGCGUUCUUGCACUCUGUAUUUCCUCGUUGUGUAAUCAUAUUGCCAAAGACAAUUGCAUCACUAUGUAAAUAUCACUUUGUCCAUUACUAUGAAAAAAAAAAGAUUCCUUUUUAUUUUUUAUUUUAUUUUUGCGUUGGUUCGUUAUUCCGAUCCGCCAUCACGUUUCUGUGCUGUAUUGUCUUCCAGUUGCAAUAAAGAAAAAAAAAGAGUUGCAAAGGCGAA